CAUCAAAUGGCAAGCACAUUUGAGAAUAUUUUCACUAGGCUAAACCCUUUUUGCUUCCUUUUGCGUAUACUACACAUGCGGGAGUACAGCCGGGCAGCCCAACCACUCGUGCUGAUCACUGGGGUUUUGAGGCUUCGAGCUUCCCCUAAGCUGUAACCCUUCUCUUCGAAGCUCUGAUCCGAAAGUCGCAUUUGCUCUGACUGCCAUUUUCUUCUUCUUCAGAUUUCGGCUGGUAGAUCAGUUGAAACAAGGCUUUGACGGUUUAGCUAUGUUUUGGGGGGAAUUGAAAAUCAUUGCUUGAAACCCCCCAAAUAGCUAGACAGAAUGAGCAUAGUAAAUCAAAGUGAGCCACCAAGAUUGCCUAGCAAAACAAAGGCAGAGCUAGAUAGGAUCAGCAACUUACCAAGACAUCUUGUAGAGCAAAUCUUGUUACAUUUGCCAAUAAGGGAUUUAGUAAGGACAAGUGUUCUGUCAAGGACGUGGAGAUACAAAUGGGCUACAACACCAUAUCUGGUGUUUGAUAAGCAGUGUCUUAAUGUCUCUUCCCAAGAUCAAACAUUGAUAAAAAACAAGCUUGUAAACAUCAUUGACCAUGUACUCUUACUUCAUAAGGGUCCAAUACACAAGUUUAAGCUUUCUCACCGAGAUCUUUUAGGAAUCACUGACAUUGAUCGAUGGAUUCUUUAUAUAUCAAGGAGCUCUAUCAAAGAAUUCAUACUGGAAAUAUGGAAGGGCCAGCAGUACAUGCCGCCUUCUUGUUUAUUUAAUUGCCAGAAUUUAAUUCAUUUGGAGCUAUUUAAUUGCUUGCUGAAACCUCCAUUGACAUUCAAAGGUUUCAAGAAUUUGAGGAGCCUUGAUCUUCAGCACAUUACCAUCAUCCAAGAUGUGUUUGAAAACCUCAUUUCUAGCUGCCCUCUGCUUGAGAGAUUAACAUUGAUGAACUUUACUGGUGUUACACAUCUUAACAUUGAUGCACGAAAUCUGCAAUUCUUUGAUGUUGGUGGUAAUUUUGAUGAUGUUAGCUUUCAGAAUACGCCCCAUUUAGCUCUGGUUUCCAUUGGUUUGUAUGUAAAUAUCAACAAUGAUGAGAACAAUGCUCAAGACAGUUCUAGUAAAUUGCUCAGAUUCUUUGUUAAUCUGCCCCAGAUUCAAAGGCUGGAGGUUCAGAAUUACUUUUUGAAGUAUUUGGCUAUUGGAAACGUGCCAAGCAGGUUGCCUAACCCGUGUGUUGAUCUGAAUUAUCUAUCCAUUUGCGUAGAUUUUGAUGAUUUGGGGGAAAAUACAGCUGCUUUAUGCCUCCUAAGAAGUUGUCCAAAUCUCCAAGAGCUGGAAAUGUUGACUCGACUAGAGAAACGAACUACCGUGGAAAGAUCUACUAACUUCUGGGAAGAUGAUCAUUGGAGCUCGCAAUUUGCCCAUCUGAGACUGGUAAAAGUAUCAGGCAUCUCUGGUGUUAAAUCGGAAAUGGAUUUUAUCAAGUUCCUGCUCUCUAAUUCACCUUUGCUUGAGCGGUUGACUGUUAAGCCUGCUUCCCCUUCCCAGGAUGGCAAAUGGGAGUUGAUGAAGGAAUUGCUGCGGUUCCGGCGAGCCUCAAUAUAUGCAGAAGUCAUUUAUUUGGACCCAUGAUUAUCCUAGUCAUGACUGCCAUGUCAAGGAAAGACUGGAACAUGUAUAUAAUGCAAAUGGCCAUUAUGCCUCGUCGAAAUAACUUGUUCUUGCUGUUAUGCCUUGUCGGAAGAACUCUUGUAAUUAAUACUAUACAUUUGUACAUUUUUUACGUAUUUGGCAUCGGAAAUCCUCCCUGGGAGUCAUGCUCAUUCACGUUCUUCUUGACUACGCUGACUAAUCGAUCCUGUGGGCUGCUGUGGUCCAUAGACCAUCCGAAGAAGCAUGGACGAUUGUUUGUUCCAAGAAAAGUGCUCUAGAAAAGGGCUUGUCGUGGUAGCUUGUUCAUUAAUAGACGAGGAAAAAUAUGUGGACACUAAUUGUUAGACCAAGAAAACAAGGGAGCUUGUGGGUGAGUUUCUGCUUUGAUGCCAGGUAAUGCGACAUUGACUCGGAAAGUAUUCAGAUAUCUCUGUGGUCUUGAUUGCCGUCCGAAACAAAACAAAAAAAAAAGAAAGGCCCAUGGGG